UUCCCCUCUUCUUUGUAUUCUUCUUUGUAUUCUUGGGCUACAUUUGUUCGUUUCUGCUCUCACUAAAGUUCGUUUCUGCUCUUCAAAUCUGUGGAUCUUCUUUUGAAUUUAUCUUUUUUCUCCAUCUGGGUACCAUUUGCUUCUGAGUUUUGGGGUUCUGGGGUGGUCUGUAAGCAUUUUAUUUUGUUUUUUGGCGGCUGUGUUGAGAUGGAGGAGCGUUAUGAGCCAUUGAAGGAACUUGGGUCUGGGAAUUUUGGGGUUGCGAGGUUAGUCAGAGAUAAGAAGACCAAGGAGCUUGUUGCAGUCAAAUACAUAGAGAGGGGGAAGAAGAUUGAUGAAAAUGUUCAGAGGGAAAUUAUCAACCAUAGGUCUCUGAGGCAUCCGAAUAUCGUUCGGUUCAAGGAGGUACUCUUGACACCGACACAUUUAGCUAUUGUCAUGGAAUAUGCAGCUGGUGGUGAACUCUUUGAGAGAAUAUGCAGUGCUGGCCGUUUUAGUGAGGAUGAGGCUAGAUUUUUCUUCCAGCAGCUAAUAUCUGGAGUCAGCUACUGCCACUCAAUGGUACUCAUGUUGAGGGAAUAGGGAACAAUGAUGGUGUUGACUAUGAACCUAUUGAAGAAGAAGAAAGUGUUCCUUCCACUCCCAUUGGUAGUACCAGCCGUUCGCGAGGAAGACCUCGUGGGUCCAUCAAUAGUGGCAGAGAAAAGAGGAAGAAGGGUGUAGCUGAAAAGGUGGUAAGUCCAUUGAAAUCGAUUGCUAACUCAAUCGAGAAGAUGGAAAUGAGUGAAUCUUAGUCUGAAUUUGGGAGAGCCAUUAUAGAUGCUGUUGAUGCCAUUCCAGACCUCAAUUUUCAACAAAAGUUUAAGGCCAAGGAAUAUUUCAUGGCCAAGCGGAAUUCUGUCAUUAUCUUCUUGGAAACAAAAGUAGAAGAUAGGCGAAAUCUGCUUGAGAUGUACUUGCCAGAGAUUGAGAAGAAUUGAGGUGAUAAAAGUAAGUGUUUGGACAUUAUACGACAAUGGUUUUAUUGAGCAAGAAAAUGUAUCUGUUUGGUUUAAGUAACUUUUGGUUUAUGUUAAGUCUGUGACAAUGGAUUAAAUGUAGUAUUAAGACAGGUUAAGACAAUGGUUCUUCAUAUGUUUCUAUCUGAAUGAUUUCAAGGUUUAAAUAUGGACAACAUCAUUCUUAUUUGUC